AGAGAAGUGAGUGACAGACAGAAAAGACAGACACUGUCGAGGUCUUCGCUGCUAAUGUAAAGAAGGACAGUGAGUAAGGGAGUGGGGGAGCGUCAGAGAUGGCUUUGGGAGUCUUCCAGACUGGCCGGAUGAGGCUGCUCUCACUUAUCCUGCAAGGCUGCUGUGUGGGUGUCCUCUGUAGUGACUGGGCUGUGCGUGUCCCCUCCGCUCCCCUGUGUGCCGUGGCCAGCUCGUCUGUGGUCCUCCCCUGCUCCUACGACUACCCUCAACCCUACAGGGUGCUGUCUGAGAUGUGGUGCCGGGACCAGAGCCGCUGCAUCACCCCCAGGUACGUGUACCAUAGCCAGGGCAUCUUCCCUGAGCCAGCCUCCCAGGGCAGAGUGGAGUACCUGGGGAAGGAAGGAACCAGGAACUGCUCCCUGAGGAUCUCUGAUCUGAGGAGGUCUGAUAGCGGGACAUACGUCUUCUAUUUUAUCACCAACCACCCAGUGGAGAAGCCUCCUGGACAGCCUGGAGUAACCCUGCUAGUGGCAGAUCAUUCCAGUGAAGUAGCAGUGUCCCUCAGUCCCGCUGGUGAUGUUGUUGAGGGCAGCUCAGUGACGUUAUUCUGCUGUAGUACUGCCCAAACUCCAGUGGAGGGCUACACCUGGUACAAGACUGGAGGCUACACGGCUGGUGAUAAGAGACAGAUGAUGACCAUCACCAAUAUCAGCGCAACAGACAGUGGAAACUACUACUGUGAGGCCCUGACCACUAAUAGACCAAUCCACUCCUCAGCGUUGUCUAUUAAUGUCCAGUAUGCUCCAAAGAACACAUCAGUGUCAGUCAAUCCUUUUGGGGAGCUAGUGAUGGGCAGCUCUGUGACUCUGUCCUGCAGCAGUGAUGCCAACCCUGCAGUAGAGCGCUACACCUGGUUUCAGAGGACAGGAUCCCAAGCUUCACUGAGAGGGUCAGGGCAGAGUUACAGUAUCACUAACAUCAGCCUUGAGGACAGUGGGCAGUACUGCUGUGUAGCGAUGAACAAGCAUGGAUCACAGAGCUAUACUGUUACCAUGACUGUGGGGAAAGUAAAUGGCCAGUCCUCCAUACUGUGGAGGUUGGUGGUGCCAGUGGGGAUCCCCAUCACUCUGACACUGAUCAUCAUUAUAACAGUGGCUUGCAUUAGGAGGAAAACUCUCCCAGCAUCAAGUCAACAAGGUUACAGUCUUACAGAGACCACCAUCCAGCAGCCAUUACCAUAAUACUACAUAAAGGAUGACCAUAACAAAUGAGACACUUAAAUUAACAGGAACUGAAAGGGAACUGAAUUAACUCUGGUGGGAGAUGUUGUGCCCAGUUUACUGCCACACAGUGGCACUGUUGUGUAGCUGUGUCCAGCUGUAUUCUUUAAUAACAUGUACAGUAAUAUCUGUAGAAUGUACUGUGCACCUCACUUCAGCUCUCUACUGUAGAAAAUAAGUAAUUUCACUGUAAUAGGCCUACUGUAAUUUACUUAUUUUAUGAUGGAGAGUUGUUGAGUACUGGAUGACCAAAAGUGAAACGACAACCAGAGAUUAGUUUCAAUAUAUGUAAAUAUYUAUUUCAAUUGAAUUACAAUGAUUUUAAAAUGGA